AAAAGCAGCGCUGCUUCGGUUGGGGCUUUGGGCGCUGGUCGGUCGGUCGGUCGUUCUAUGCUGUGGAUCGGUUUGCCCCGGCUGCAUUUAUUCGCAUUUGGCUCUUACGUACGUGGAGUUGCACGUCGGAGGACAAGACUAAGAACUGAAUAGAAAUAUCUGAGAGAUUCGCUAUGAAUGUGGAGAAGCUGAAAAGGCUGCAAGCGCAGGUGCGAAUCGGUGGCAAAGGCACGCCCCGUCGCAAAAAGAAGGUCAUGCACCAGACGGCGGCCACCGAUGACAAGAAGCUUCAGAGUUCUUUAAAGAAGCUGUCGGUGAGCACCAUACCCGGCAUCGAGGAGGUGAACAUAAUCAAGGAUGACCUUACGGUCAUCCAUUUCAACAAUCCCAAGGCUCAGGCCUCGCUCUCCGCGAACACCUUUGCCGUCACGGGUCAUGGCGAAACGAAGAAGAUUGUCGAAAUGCUGCCAGAGAUUUUGCCACAGCUCGGCCAGGAGACAGUUGUGCAACUGCGCAUGUAUGCCAACUCCAUGUCCAACAAUCAGAAGUCUGCUGAAAGCGGCACAGCUGCAGCUCAGGCGGUAGAGGAUGAUGAUGAUGUGCCCGACUUGGUGGGCGACUUCGAUGAGGUGGCCAAACAGGAGGCUGCGGCUGCUGGCAAGGAACAACAGGCAAAGCCUACCACAGAGAAGACCAAGGAUGCAAAAAAUGCGAAUAAACAAGCGGACAAUAAACAAGCGCAGCAACCCAGCAAGCAGGAGCGUAAGAAGCAGCAACAACAACAGCAACAACAGCAACAGCAGCAACAACCUCAGCAGAAGCCCAACAAUAUGAAUGAAAAGCCCAAGGAUAAGCAAAACAAUAAGAAAGGUCAGCCCAAGAACCAAGAGAAGGCAGAAAAGAAAAACGAACCACAGAACAAUAAGCAAAACGAUCAGGUGGAUGCAGCUAAGCUGGAGGUCAAGCCCGCAGCCAUAGCUGUGGAUAAUCUAAAGGUGGAAGCAAAGAAAUCAACAUCGGAGCCUAAGACAGACCAAUCGAAAACAGUGGAACCAAAAACACAACCCGCUGCAGCACCACAACCGGGUCCAGUCGCUGUCCCUGCACCACAACCAGGCGCAGCCGCUGUUCCAGCUGGUAAGGCCAAUACACCGCCAGCUAUGCAAACAUUGGCCCAGAUUGUAGCCGCUGAGCCACCCAAGCCAGUCGAAGAGAAAAAGGCCGAACAACCAGUUGAGCAAAAGUCUCCGCCAACUUCGGCCAAAGCUGAGAUAAAAGCAAACGUCGACAAGCAGGAUCAGAAAACAGCAUCUGAACCUGAGAAGAAGCCAGAGCCCAAACCCAAGGAUGUCAAUCCACAACAGGCUGCUGCACCGCAAGCGAAACAGCCAGCACCUAAACAAGUGACACCGCCACCUGCAAAGCAGGUCACACCUCCAGCUGAGACUAAAGCUACAGUGGAGCAAAUGAAGCAACAGCCAACUGUAGCUAAAACACCUCAGGAGAAGAAACCAGAGGAUAAAAAGAGCGCCGCUCCAGCACAACAGCCAAAACAAGCCACGCCGAAGCAAGUGACACCUCCACCAACAAAGCAAGUGACGCCCCCAGCAACUCCUGCACCAGCAGCAGCAACUCCAACACCAGCUACAGUUGCAGCUCCCGUUGUAGCUCCAGUCGCAGCUCCAGUUGCAGCUCCCGUUGCAGCUCCAGUCGCAGCUCCAGUUACAGCUCCAGUCACAGCUCCCGUUACAGCUCCAGUUACAGCUCCAGUCACAGCUCCAGUUACAGCUCCAGUUGCAAGUCCAGCAGGUACAACUGUUUCUCCUGCUGUAGCAGUGGCACCAGCAGCUUCUGCAGCUGCAGUUGUACAGGCAGCAGCUGCUGCUGUAACUGCUCCCAAAGCAGCAGCGCCUACCGAACAAUCAUCAGCAGCUCCAAGUCCAGUAGCAGCUGCAGAAUCAGCAGCAGCAGUUCCUCUUGCAACAACUCCUGCUACACCGCCAAUAGUAGCUUCAACUACACCACCAGCAGUAGCGGUUCCUGAUGUAACUUCUCCACCAAUAGCUGCUCCUCUUACUCCGUCAGGAACAGUUGCUCCCAUAGUAGCACCUGGACAGAAACAAGCAGCAGCAGCCGCUCCAAUUACUCCACCAGCAACAGCUGCUCCCACAGCAGUUCCUGCGCAAAAACAAGCAGCUGGCGGCAAUAAUAAAAAACAAGACUCAGCUCAGAAGUCCAAGCAGCAGCAACCUAAGCCCGGCCAGGCACAACAAGCCCAAAAGCAGCCGCAGGCAAACGCUGCUGGCAACAAACCACAACAGCAACAACAACAGCAAAAGCAACCACAGGCCGCCAAGCCCACGGUUGCACCCAAACCAGAGACGUCAGCUGCCAAGCCAGCUGGUCCAAAACCCGCAAACGCCCCACAACAGCAGGGCAAAGGCAACAAGGCAUCGCCACCAAAACAGCAACCAGCAGGUGCUAAAACGAAUUCUCAGCAGCAGCAGCAGCAACAGCAAAAGGCCAGCGGACAGAAUGAUGGCAAGCCGAAGACGCCGGCAAACACACCCAAUUCGCAGUCCUCACCUAAAGCGUCGCCAUCGCCCAAAGCGGGUGCUUCGCCCAAGACGACCUCCCCUAAGGCGGGCACACCAACGACCCCCACUGGAGCACCGGGCGGUAGCGCGAACUAA